AUGGCUGAACCAAGAUGCUGCUGGUUUAGCUUAAUCCGCGAACACAGAGCGCGUCAGCAACGCAAUACAACUCAACCGUACGAGCGUCUCCGGACGAUCCGAUCACGUACAACAACAAGCGCUGGCACGACCAACCAGCGAGACAACAACACCGACAACGCGUCAACACCCGCUAGCAAGAUGGCGGAUAACCAAAGCGAAAUAAGCUCUGCAGACUCUGCUGAAGCUCAGAAUCAACUACAGAAUGAGCAAUCAGAACACCUCUCAGACUCACCAUGGGCCAAAUUUACCGCGGAACAACUUAUGGAAAACUGUCCAUACACAGUUGCACUCAAGGUCAUCAAUACAGCUCUCUGGGGUGUACCCGCACCGGCGGACGCAAAUGAGACACACGCAACAACGUGGGUCGCUAAAGCUAUCCACGACUACAAUGUGUCAAUGGCCUGGGACGAUGACCUCUUCAUUGACUACAAAUGGGACUUUGAAGGAUGGACGAAGGAGCUAUUUAGCAAGGUUGAGCGUGGUACACUAAGGUCUCUUAAGAGUGUGCUACGACACCGGGGAGUAUACACUGGCAACAAUCACGCCAGGGUGGCGGACUCUCUCUACAACAUUCUAGGUAUAGAGAAUACUCUUGAAUGGGAACCAGCAGAGUUUCGAGCCAUGAAAUUCGACCAACAGUCCGAAGCGUACCAGCGCCAGCAGAGCAAUAAACGCCAACAGGACACUCAGCACACAGUCUAUCCAGCUGUACAACAACCACCGCAAGUACAACAACCGCCGCAAUUACAACAACCGCCGCAAUUACAACAGCCACCGCAAGUACCACAGCCGUCGCAAUUACAACGACCGUCGCAGGGCGAGCAACAAGAGCAGUAUAGAGUGAGACAAGGCGUCCAGAGCCGUUCCCAAACAAUAGAGCCACAACAGCCGCUACACAUGAGCGGUACGCUGGAAGGGCCUCAGCAUCGACAACUGUGGGAGCAGGCCGCGCAGCCGCAACAAGGGCGUGCGCAACUACAGACACGGCCGCCAGCGACUGCAUAUCGCGAAGUCACGCCAUUUCCGCAACAGCCAACGAACCGCGUCCCUAACAGACCACCCGAACUACCAUACGACCCGUACAAGACGCUACCGCCGCGAUGGUCCCGCAACGAUCGACUCGACGCUAAUACGAUCACGCAGUUCUCUAAGCUAUGGGACAAUAGCAACAAGUAUACAGGGAAUGCGUACGAUCUCCUAGACGAUAAGAUCAAGAUCUUCUUCAGCAUCUGCUGGCAGGUAGAUAUCCAAGAAGAGCAGUUUCACGCAGUGUUUCCCCGUAUCCUUACCGGACGUGCAGAGACAUUCUACAUACAGGUUGUAGAGAGAGAUGACAGCUUUGCUGAUGCGUACAUGGCAAUCAAAAACCACUUCGACCAUGACGUCCAUCACCAGCACUACUACACAGACUGGACGACUACAACCUUCGCUCGCACCCGCACAGAGAACCCCGACAAGGGACUACACGAGGUUCUGCAGAUCCUGCUUGACAAGCUGCAGCUAUGCCAGCGUGCCCUUGGCAAGAACUUUGAGGGCGAGGAUGCCCUACGUACCACUGUCAUCAAUGCCUGCCGAGGAGUACCAGAGCUUGAGAUGGCACUGUUCAAACCAGCCACAAUCUGUGAAGGACUCUUCUCAGACCUACGUUCUGCAGUUGAGACACACCUUGCACGGCAACACACUACCCAGAUGGUCACAGAGGACCAAUACUACUUAGAUCGCCGAUACAACGGCAAUGGAAGAAUCCGAGGUAGAUCUCGAGGUGGAGGAGGAUUCAGAGGCGGAUCUAGAGGAGCAUAUCGAGGAGGCGAGCAGCGCGACGACAACGGACGAGGAUUUAAGCCUCGCUGGAGGAAGAAAUGCUUUGUUUGCCAGAAGGAAGGAUGCUGGCCUACCAACCACACAGACGAAGAGCGCAAGGCUGCCCGUACACAGUUCUUCUCUACGCUAUACUUUACAGGUACACAGCCCCCCAAGGACUUCUCCGUACAUCUUGCAGAAUACGAAGGGAUCGAGCACACUAGCCAGUACAAUCAGAGAGGCUGGAGAGAGGAGGAAGACUGCGAGGAUGACGACGAUGACGACGUCGCGGAAGCAUACCUUGAACAGCAGUUUUUCACGGAGCAAUGCCUUGCAGAUCAGGCGUUCUUGCACCACAUCUCUGGCGACGACCUAGGCUUUGUCCUUAUGCUCGUCAACGAGUCUAUUGACGUCAACACCUUCACAAUACAGGGCAACGUGAUCCACUACAGCUCUACAAAAUGCAAGCGCAUCACACGGAGCGUACUGGCCUCAGAGAUCUACGGCAUGGUCAACGGCUUUGACAUAGGCAUUGCAGUUGCAACCACGCUGAGGAUAGUUACAGAACGACUUAGACUACCUGCAAUUCCCUUGGUUAUCUGUACAGACUCGUACUCCUUGUACGAGUGCCUAGUAAAGCUUGGGACGACGAAGGAAAAGCGUCUCAUGAUCGACAUCAUGGCGCUGCGCCAAUCAUAUGAGCGUCGCGAGAUCACGGAGAUCCGCUGGAUCAAUGGUGAAGACAAUCCUGCAGACGCCUUCACCAAGGCAUCGCCAAACCGCGCUCUUGAACGCUUUAUUGACGGCAAUAAGCUGACAGUCCGAGUAGAGGGAUGGGUGCAGAGGCCGACAAGCUUUGAUGGUUGAUGCUACACACAGUUACCAUCAACACAUACUGUCACUACCGAUACAAGCAGAGUUACUAGCUACCCAGAAAGAAAAGACUUCCAGUGUCGGAUCGUGAGUAUCGGUAGAGACGUCGGCUGCUGGACACUUCGGCCCGACUUCGGCCCACCUUGCGCAGAGCUUAGGUAUACCUUCGUAGCAGCUAUGUUCGUAGAAAAUCAAUCACCAUCACCGAACAGAAUGCAUUCCUAGUUAUCGUUAUUUCCUUUCAGCACUAGUGCUAUAGACCUUCCAACAAGGACCAUGUUUCCUAAGCAAUUCGAAAGGAGCUUUGGAGAGCGUACGAUAGACCGAAAGUGGCAUUGGCAUUUGCAGUCUUUGAGACAGCUCAACGAUGCUGUCGGUUGUACUUCUGAAAAAGGGAAAGGUAGAGCAUUUUUUUCAUUAUCUGGUUGUGGACGAUGACACGAAAGCGAUGUUUUCAAGGAAAGUGAGAGUGGGGACGCGAUUUUGUGAGACGCGGUAGUGGGCCACUUGCUUGAGACGGUUUGCUGGUCCGUGUCGUAUAAGAGAAUCGAUACGCUGUCGUGAAGUCCCUCCGCGUUGGUAGGUCUUUGCAUCAACUCGUUCUGAUUUUCCAUUAAGGCCAGCUGAUUUUUGAUCAUCGUAUCUAUCUGUAUCUUGAGUCUGGUUACUUGAAGACCAUGCCUCGCGCUGCAUUUCCUAUGCAUGGUCAGUGAGGGAAUCUUCUUCUAGAUAUUGAGGGUCAUACAGCGUUCUGACUGUAAUUAAGUUACAUAGAAUGAUUUUUUGAGCCCUUAGU